CGUGCCGCAGGGCCCGGCGCUGGAGGACAGCCUUAACACGUUGUUCGCGCCCCUCAUCAUCUCCUGCACCGCGCUGCUGGAGAAGCUGUCGGACACCUACACCUGCUUCAGGGCUGAACGCGGGCGGCACCUCCACGUCCUGCACAUGUUCGGGGAUUGCUUGUACAUCGCGGUGAACGGCGACGGGACGGAGAGCGAGGACGACCUGCGCAGGACGCUCUUCGUGCUGCGGCGCCUGGUGGAGGCUCACUGCGGCCUCGUCACGCUCGAUGCCCACCUCAUCCGCAAGGAGCUGCGGCCAGCGGAUUCAGAGCGGCGGGAGCGCAGCUGGAGCCUGUUGAGGGGGCUGCUGGAGACAUACAUCCGCCUGCGGGAGGAGGACCAGAGCUUUGCUGUGGAGGCAGUGGAGCGGCUGAUCCACCCUCAGCUGUGUGAGCAGUGCAUCGAGUUCCUGGAGAGGCAGGUGGUGCAGCACAUCAAUGCCAGCCCUGAGCGUGGUGGGGAUGAGGUGGGACACGCCUUCCUCCUGGUGCACACCAAGCUGCUGGCCUUCUACUCCAGCCGCAAUGCCAGCUCCAUCCGCCCUGCUGACCUGCUCACCCUCAUCCUCCUGGUGCAGGACCUGUAUCCCAGCCAGAGUGCCGAGGAGGAGCUUGGCCCACAGCCUGCAGCAGGGAAGGUGUUGCUGCAGGGACCGAAGAGAAGUGAGAGCAUCCCUGUGAGUAACCCCAACUCCCACAAGGCUACAGAGAAGCAGUCAGAUGAUCAGCAGGACACUGAUGAUCUCUCUGCACCUGAAGUCUACUAUACACCUGAACCCUCACCAGGCAGACAGAGCACAGGCAGUGAGAGCUGGUCGGAGAGCCUUGAGCUGGUGGGUGAUGGGGAUGCAGAUGCUGCAGAUGUCCAGAUGGCAGAGGACCUGCUCCAGACAUUGGGCCCUCUGCUCCCAGAAGCUUCGAACCCCAGAAGGAUCUUCCUGGAGGCCAACUUGCGGGAUGGCAGCUGCCUGUUACUGCCACACACCAUGCACUGCGUCCCUCUGUGGCCUGGCAUCUCCCUCGUGCUCCUGACCAAGGGCCCCACGAGCCAUGUGGCCGUCACCUUGCACCAACUGCUGGAUGGGUUCCUGGUACUGGAGAAGAAGCUGGAAGAGGGACAGGAGGUGGGACCCCCCCGUGCCCACCCCUUCCUGGCUGAGCUGCGGCAGCGCAUGGAUAAGUUUGUGAAGAAGCUGAGUGGGCAGGACAUGCAGAAUGCCUGGGUGGAAUUCAAGAACAAGAUGUUCUCCCGGAACGAGGCUGGGAGCAACCUGGAGCUGCUGCAUGUGCUGGGCACUGUGAAGCGACAGCUCUGCUCUGUAUAUCGCCAGCUCUUCCUCACUCCCACCAGCCACAGCCUGUCCCAGGGCCUGCGGGACCGAGCCCAGAAACUGAUGAGGGAGAAGCUGCUGGACUGGCGAGACUUCCUGCUGGUGAAGAGCAGGCGAAAUAUUACCAUGGUGUCAUACCUGGAGGACUUUCCUGGCCUGGUGCACUUCAUCUAUGUUGACCGCACAGCUGGACAGAUGAUGGCACCGUCACUCAGUGUGACAGAGAAGUCCAGCUCAGAGCUGGGCAAGGGGCCCCUCGCCGAGUUUGUCAGGAGCAAGGUGUGGUCCCUGAUUGCACUGGCCCGGAGGUACCUGCAGAAGGGCUACACGACCCUCAUGCUGCAGGAUGGUGACUACUGCUGCUCCUACUUCCUCUGGUUUGAGAAUGAGCUGGGCUAUAAGCUGGAGGUGAUGGAGGUGCCGGUUCUCUCUGAUGACUCUGUGCCCAUCGGGAUGCUGGCAGGGGACUACUACAGGAAGCUGCUGCGUUACUACAGCAAGAACCAGCAGACAGAAGUGGUGAAGUGCUACGAGCUGCUCACUGUGCAUCUGGGCAUAAUCCCGUCCGAGCUGGUGGUCCAGCAGGCCUGCAACUUGGCCCAGCGCCUCUGGGAACCCUCCCGCAUCCCCCUGCUCUGAGCUGGGACUGGGAUUAAAGCGGGUGUGGGUGUUC